CUUAUAUUUUUCAGAAAAAUGGAGAAUCGGCCAAAACCGAAAAGUUAUUUUUUUAGAUAUGGUCGAGCAUUUAUAGCGUUAGAGAUAGGAGCUUUUGCUGGGUCCUAUUUAGUUUGGCACCAGUUAAAUAAUGAUCAGAGAGUUCGAUUAAGCAUGAACUCCUGGUGUCCUCCUGUACUUGAGAUGUAUUACAAGAUGGGAGAAAUCAUGGACAAAGAUAACAAAAUCAGGGGGUACCGUUGUGAAUAUGACAUACCUUUAUAUAAUAGUGCGUCACUUGAAGAGAAAAUGCCUAGGAUAGUUCGUAAACGAGUGAAAGAGUCUGAAAGCAAUGCUAUUGCUGCAAAGAUGCGACUGAUUGAUGAAAAAAUUCUUGUCAGAAAAGUGGAGAAAGAAAGAGAAAAUGAAAAAGUAAUUCCCACCAAUGAAAUUUCAGACGACUCUUUGAAGGAAAAAGGUAUCACUGAUGAUAUUAUUAAAAUAAUCGACUCAGAAGAGGAUGAGGUUGAAACAGCGAAGGCUUCAUCUAAGAGAAUGAUCAAUAAAAAGAUUCUGGCCAGAAAAAUGAAAAAAGAAAGAGGGAAUGAAAAGAUGGCUCUUACUGGUGAAACUAAACAGAAUUCUUCGAGGGACAAAAGUGUCAGUGAUGAUGUUCCGGAAAUAAUCGCGUCUUCAGAUUCAGAAGACGACAAAAAUAAAUCAGUGAAUGCUAAUAGAAACACCCCGGCCAGAAAGGUGAAGAAGGAAAGUAAUAAUGAAAAAGCAAAUCUUACUGAUAAACCUUUGAAUGGCUCUUCGAAGAAGAAAAGUAUCACUGGUGCUGUUAUCGAAAUAGUCGCGUCAGAAGAGGAUGAAAAUAAAAGAGGAAAGGAAAAAGAAAUGUCAAAUAUGGACGAUGCUCCACGGAAACUCAACAUGCGGCAUGGAAUUUAUUUGACAAAUUCAGAAGAUUUUGAAAAAGGCAUGGAGGAUUACCAAGACGGUGAUGAAGCCAUAGAUAUCCAAGACGCUGAUAAAAUCUCCAAAGAAUAUAACGAGAGCAGCGAGUUUUUAAAACCAGAAACCUACAAAUCUAUUCUUAACAUAAUCAGACUUAAAACUAGAGAAAUUGUUCAAAUGCAAAAUUCUUCGUGAUAUUCUAAAUAUAUAACAAAUGAUGGUAAUGAGGCUGUUUUUUAAAAACUUCGAUAUUAAUUUUAUUUCAGAA